AGUUUUCAUUUAUUUUAAAGCAGCAUCCUCGCUUCUUCAAGUCUACAACUAUGCAUAGCACCAAGAGCUAGCCAAAGUUUCAGAGUGAGAAAUUGUUUUCUGCCCGGGCAUACAAUAAGUGUAUAUAGGAGGAUAAUGGGCAGAGAUAAUAGGGAGGAGGAGGAGGAAAAGCCCCUAGGAAGGUGUUCUGUGCUCACAUAUGGAGUAGGCCAUAUGCUCAAUGACAUUACACAGUGCUGCUGGUAUACAUAUCUCUUGCUUUAUUUGACUGAUAUUGGAUUGUCCCCAAGUAGUGCAGCAAUUGUCACACUUGUGGGUCAGUUUGCUGAUGCAUUUACAACAAUAAUUGCUGGUGAACUGAUUGACAGGUUUGGGCAGUUCAAGAUAUGGCAUGGUGCAGGGUGCAUAAUGGUUGGUGUUUCAUUUAUUUCGCUUUUCGGGGGCACUUGUAUCCCUUGCAAAAUUCUGGGUUCAGAUUCACCCACAGUGCAAACAGUGGGGUAUUGCAUAUCUGCAGUAGUCUUCUGCAGCGGAUGGUCGUGUACUCAAAUAUCACACAUGUCGAUGGUGAACUGCAUUACUCUGAAUGAAUCAAGCAGAAUAGCAUGUGUUAGCUGUCGCAACGCAUUUACAAUGGUUGCAAGCCUCAUGUUGUAUGCAGUCACUUUCUUUGUGUUCACUAACAAUGCAGAAGACAUUAAAACUCAGUACCGCUGGAUGGCAUUUAUAUCGAUUUUCAUUGGCGGUGUCUUUGUAAUCAUCUUUCAUCUCGGGGUUAAAGAGCCAAGAAAAAAGGAUGAUGAUGGUCAUGAAAAGAUUGGCUCCAACACCCCCUGGACUUAUUGGUUGAAGAGAGUCUUGUAUUACCAAGUUGCAAGUAUUUAUGUUUUCACCAGAGUUGUUACCAAUGUAUCUCAGACAUUUCUUGCUGUGUACGUAAUCAAUGAUCUGCGCAUGAGCCAAUCUGCAAAAUCACUGGUUCCUGCUAUCAUCUAUUUAUGCAGCUUCAUUACCUCUGUGCUGCUGCAGGAACUGGAGUGGAGCGGCAAAAGGUUAAAGAUCUUUUUCGCUGGCGGUGGCAUCCUCUGGUUAUUAUGUGGUGCAGUUGUGAUGCUGCUACCAAUAAAGAUGAACUCUUUUAUGUAUGCCUUAUCAGUACUCAUUGGCAUUGCAAAUGCCUUAAUGAUGGUAACUUCAAUAGGCAUGGAGAGUGCUCUUGUGGACAAACAUCUGGAUGGUUCGGCUUUCGUUUAUGGAUCAAUGGGCUUCAUUGACAAAGUACUAUGUGGGGUGGCGCUGUAUUUCCUAGAAUCAUUUGAGGAUGCUGAUCCUGUGGCAUGCAAUCCAGCGCAGGCUUGUUUCUCUGUGACGCGAUUUUCGUUAGGGUUCAUCCCAGGAAUAGCUGCACUUUUUGGGGUCAUAGUUUCCUUCACCAUGAAACUACUGCACACCUCCCAUAAGAAGCAGCCUUUAGCAGAACCACUUUUGGCAUAGCCCAUCCAAUAAGCUAAGACUCCAUCGGCAAAGUUGAAUGAUGCCUUAUUGCCAUUGCAGAUCUAGAUUAUUGCUCAAGUUCUGAUCUGCUCUGCUGGAUUACAAUCAGAGUUUAGAUACUCUAGUUAUAAUAAUGUUUGGAUUGUGUAUUCAUGUACCAAAGAAACUUACACCUACUAUGUAAUUAAGCAUUGGUGAUGAGUGUACCAAAUCACACCUCUAUUUUCUGCUUAAAUUAGCAAUAAAGUAUGCUUUUGUCA